AUGGAGUUCAUUGACGAAGCUGUCCAAUCCUUUCUCCAUCAGGAUGGAGAACCCCUGCCUCGCAUCACCCUUGGUGCCGUGAAUCGAGAUGGAACCCUCCACUACGCGAAGACUUUCGGUGGUGACCAGGGAGAAAUUCGCAGAGCUGACGAUGUGCACUGGAUUGCGUCCGCAACCAAAUUUAUCACAAGCAUCGCGGUCAUGCAAUGCGUCGAAAAGGGGCUUUUAAACUUGGACGCAGACAUUUCUGCCAUCCUACCUGAGUGGAAAGACCCCAAAAUUUUGACCGGAUUCAGUGAGAAGAACGAACCUCAAUUCAGACCAGCAAAACGCCCUCUUACUCUUCGAGUCUUUUCAAGACUCCUCUUGACCCACUCAUCUGGAAUGGCCUAUACCUUUAUGCAUCCGCUUUCGACGCGCUACCAAGAGCUGGAAGGCGACCGACCUCUGUUCCUGCAGACCAUUCGAGAGUCUUUCCAUAAGUUUCUGGUGUUUGAGCCCGGAGAACAGUGGAUGUAUAGUCCUGGACUUGAAUGGGCUGGGCUGAUGGUCGAGCAAGUGACGGGCCUCAAACUGGGAAAAUAUAUGGAGAAGAACAUGUUUGAACCAGUUGGAGCCAGGGACGUUACCUUUCACCUGGAUGAGAGAGAGGAUCUCCGCACUCGAAAGGUGAAGCUGUGGGAACGAGAUGAUCGCCAACUCAGAGAGGUCACUGACUUCUGGAUGCCUGACCCUGUCGCAGACGACAUUGGAGGUGGUGGAAUAUACACAACUGUGCCUGAUCUUCUCAAGAUCUACCUCGGAGUAUUGCAGAACAGACUGCUCCGGCCCGAGACUCUGGAGCUGAUGUUCAAGCCAAACCUUGAGAGCCGCAAGGGCUUGGAUAACCAAGAAGACCAUGCUCUGGCAAAUCGCAACGCAAUUUAUAACGCCGUUCCUAGCAAUAUCCCUGCUGACUACGGGCUUAGCGGCCUGCUCAACACGAUCGAUGUGCCCGGCGGCCGCAGUCAGUAUUCACUGUCUUGGUCCGGACUCCCCAAUUGCUACUGGUGGGUCGACAUGAAAAAGGGAAUUGCUGGUGUGUACUUGUCCCAACUUUUGCCUACCGGUGACCAAAGAGCUGUCGACCUUCUGGCUGAGUUCGAGCGGGCCGUUUAUACCGUCAAGGAAUGA